UUUGUGGCGCCUAUCGCUUGAUCUCGAACCAUGACAAUGUUGACGAUCAUGGAACAGCGCGUUCCGGGCAACUACAAGACGCGCGAGACGACGGAAGCGAAACGCGUGUCCGACGAGUCCGAGGACGACGAGGAUCUCCACGUGGACGUGGAAUCGGCGGCGGAGGAUAUCGCGUUGUGCCCCGUCGAUUUGACCCGACGCGAUUUCGCCAAACGAACGGACAGUGUUUGCAGUGACGACGGUGGCGGAGGGGCGGCGAGUCCCUCGUCGGCGGUGACCACGCACCCGGACACGCGGCUUGCGUUCUCGGUCGAGAAUAUCCUCGACCCAAAUAAGUUUACGGGUCGACAGUCGUUGUUUAGUGACGCUAUUUGUUGUUGGAAGCCGCUGGAGGGGGCGGCGAGGGAGUGCCACGACUUCGAGGGCAGCGACGCAGGCAAAGACCACCAAUCGGACGACGACGACGAAAUCGGCAGCGACAUCAGCGAGGACCUCAAAGAUCCGGCGUCCCGCAAGAAGAAAAGCUCCGACUCCAAGUCACAAAAUGGCGGCAAACCGAGGCGAGCCCGGACCGCCUUCACCUACGAGCAGCUCGUCGCCCUUGAGAACAAAUUCAAGACCACCAGGUACCUUAGCGUGUGCGAGCGCCUCAACCUAGCGCUCAGCCUGAGCCUGACCGAGACCCAGGUGAAGAUUUGGUUCCAAAAUCGACGCACCAAGUGGAAAAAACAAAACCCCGGCAUGGACGUCAACUCCCCGACGGUACCGCCUCCUAGCGUCGGCUCCGGAACGGCGUUUCCGGGUUUUCCCGGACACCACACGCAUUCCGGGUUGCUGUACUCGCACCACGUGCCCUACGGGAACGUUUAUCCGCUGGCGGGUACCAACGCCGCCGGCUACGGCCCCUAUUUUCACCUGGCCAAUCACAACCACGGGAUGGGGUCGUGAAAACUCGCGGUCGCGUUGGUCCUUCGAGCCGGAUCGGGCUGAAUCGCGUAUAACAGUUCGUGAUAACGGCUGAACUCCGUUAAUGUCGCUUUUAAGUGGGCGAAGUGCUUUCACGGCUAAAUGGUUUUGGCUUAUCGUGUUAAAUAAAACAACCUGUACCGGGAGCAGGACAAAGAAGUUACGGCGGAACUUAAUUUUUCAAGCAAACUUCAACAGGCUACCGUAAUACUAUUCGCAAAUCUUCUGGAUUCUCUAUACCUGCUUGUUUCGGAUGUUUGGUUGCUUAUAGACCUCUGCUCUUCUUUGUAGUAAUUUCCACAUUGAGAUAUCUAUACAACCUUCCAAAGAUAAUGAGUCCGAAAGCACUUGCCACCGUUCCUUAGGUUCGAAACAAACAAUUCUCUUAACAUCUGAAGAAGCCAACAGAAUAUUUGGCGAAACGUCAGCAACAAACGACCCAGGCAUCCAGAACAUUGAUAAAUGGUAUGGUCGAACUUGUCUCCAUAUCUGAAACCCCACUACUGUCAUUAAAAAGAAAGAAACCAGAUCAAAAUAAUAAGCCAUCUUUAAAAAGCACCAAAGGCAGAGAAAAUUUGUUACGACUUUUUAGAUUAUCUACUUUCGGAUUAUGCAAGUUUUCCCAGUUGCUGGGUAUCGACGUCAACUUCGGUAUUUCAAACAGAGCAGGCCAAAAUUUUAUUUUGAUUUUAAUGGUAAAAACGACGCAAGGUUAUAUUUGAGGUUAUGUGACUUGUUGAAAAAUACGCCCUCCAAGUAGAUAUUGGACUGCUUUAUUCUAUUUGCAAAAGGAAUAUAUACACGCAAGACCUAACGUCAAUGAAUCUUCGUGAUUUUCUAGUCCAGACUUA